GGGGGCCGGGCUCGACGCGUCUGUCAUUGGCCUCUCGGAGCCGCCCCGGCGCGCGCCGCUUUUAUAAAGCAACCACGCUAGCCCGCAGGUCUCCAGCCAAGCUCCCAACUGCCCGCUCUGCUCAGCUCGCUCGGCCCGCCCGCCCGCGCCCACCAUGGCCACCAUUCAGCAGCUGGUAGGAAGAUGGCGCUUAGUGGAGAGCAAAGGCUUUGACGAAUACAUGAAGGAAGUAGGAGUGGGAAUGGCUCUGCGAAAAGUGGGUGCAAUGGCCAAACCAGAUUGUAUCAUCUCUUCUGAUGGCAAAAACCUCACCAUAAAAACUGAGAGCACUUUGAAAACAACCCAGUUUUCAUGUAACCUGGGAGAGAAGUUUGAAGAAACUACAGCUGAUGGCAGAAAAACUCAGACGGUCUGCAACUUCACAGACGGCGCAUUGGUUCAACAUCAGGAAUGGGAUGGGAAGGAAAGCACAAUCACAAGAAAAUUGGAAAAUGGGAAAUUAGUGGUGGAAUGUGUCAUGAACAAUGUCACCUGUACUCGGGUCUAUGAAAAAGUAGAGUAAAAAUUCCAUCAUCAUUUUGGAUAGGAAUUAGCUGUGAGGAUGAACAAGCUCAGUUCAAUGAGCAAAUCUCCAUAUUGCUUUUUUUUUUUUUUUUCCAUUACUGUGUUCAGUUAUCUUUAUCACAAACAUUUUACAUGCAACUAUUUUGAAGUGUUGAUUUAAUUAGGACCAUCCCUUUGGUUAGUAAAUAAAUGUGUUUGUGCUAUGCCA